AUGGACGCCCAGACUAAUCCCGACCAAUGGCUCGCGCAUGAGCAUAAUACUAUCUACUCCCUUCUUUAUCGGGACUGGGAUGAUAGGGAAGAAAUAGAACGAGAAACCGCCCAAAUUGAAGAGUUUGAACGCUGGCGAGUUGAGUUUAACGAGGCACUAGGCCGUGUGGAGGAGGAAUCGAUCCCCGAAAGGCCCCGCCCGCCACCCGGUGCAAUACCUUUGACUAAUGGUCAUAACGAUGCAGUGUCUGCUAUGGUAAUUGACCAUCAAGACUUCCUACCAGAGUACCCGCCAACGCAUGAGUUUGGCUAUGCAAUAGUCAUCAAUCUAUCGGGUGAGCAUGAGGAAACACUGAAGGAUAGAGAUAGGAUUAUAAAGAGGAUGACAGAGGUUCAAUACUCUUAUUCGAUGCAAGGCUCGAUUAUACAGUGUUUUAACUCCUUUCUUAACUGCCAAACCGAGAAAAGAAGGUUUCACUGUACUGGCGUACGAGCUUGCGAGUAUCUUGACCCUGAGCUACGCAAUAUGUAUCACAACCACGUUAGUGAAAGCACCUGGCGAGCUAUACAGCGAAAGAGAAUCCAUCUCCAAAGAGUCGAAACAGUCACAAAGAAACAGAGAGCAGCUCUUGCGAUGUAUUUUGCUAGCCUCGGAAGGUUUGAAAAACGCAAUUGUUGCGGCACCAGCUUUAACGACACAUGCGCUUUGAUAUUUGGUUACCAUAAGGAAAUGACAAUCCCUGGGGUCUUUAUUCCAUUUAUUGCAUGCAGGAAUUCGACGCCAUCUUCUGAUACGCCGUCUUCUAACGAACAUUUCUUCUACAACCUCCAACAGCGAAUGAACGAUAUGGAUACAGAACAUCUUCGGGAUAUUAUCCAGGGAUCCAGUGAGAGAUCGUUCGAGAUGUGCGCGGAAAUCGAGCAACGCAAAGGACGAAAGAAUCGAUGUAGAGUUCCUCACCCACAGGCCCAAGGGAAUUUCGAGGUUUUACCUUGUAAGGUUCAAUUCUGCACCUAUAUCCCACUUGAUCUAGUGCGAACUCCCUAUAUUAUCUGGUAUUCAAGAGGAGAAGAGCAUACCCAUCCGCCACCGCCGCCUGAUAAAGCACCACAAACGAUUCUUGAUGACGUACUCGCUCUAAUUAAACGAAUGCAAGCACCUGAGAUGACACUAAGUAGCUUUCUUAAGAGUCCUGCUCUUAAAGAGUUCUGCGCAGAGUUCGAGACAGAAACACUUUCUGGGGUCCAUGCUAGCUUUGUUAAGUAUGACCGCUUUUCAGCGCUUAUAGCUAAACAACGUGCUUUGGAUUUCCCUCAAGGAAGGGACUUAAAUGGUGUCCUCUUUCAAUACAAUCACCAUGAGCACUUCAAGGAAUACGUUCGCAAAAUCUACCAAGAUGAGAGAUAUGGCAAUAUAAUUAUCUGUGGAUUCGACCCGCAGAUACGCUUUAUGGCCACUCUACCAUCAUACGAGGUUGAUAUGUCCUAUAAACGAGUGAGAGGCCCCUUUAACGAGGUGACUUUUGCUACGUUUGUCGAUAGGAUAGGCCAAGGAAAGAUUAUAACACUCCUUCGAGUGUUAACAGAUCGCAAAGAGGAUGCCCAUACAUAUGAGGCGAUCUUCACCUACGCCUACGAGUUAGUUGGAGAGGUAACAGGACGACCGGCUCAGUUUUAUUACCUUCACAAUACGGGACUAAAAGCUAUUGUGUUUGAUAUGGACUGGGCCCAGUUCAAAGGUUUUGGACUGUUCCUCCAAAAACAAGAUCCUCGCAAACGACCAUGGGACUGGCAAUGUCGUAAUAUUGUUAUGUUCUGCCAUGUCCACUUCCUAAGAACAGUUAGUCGGCUCGUCCCAGCGAACCAUGGCCAAAUAUUCCAGUCAUCACGCACGCGAUUAAACGCUAUCCUUAGUGCAAAAUCAGAAGCGGAGUACUAUGAGAUUAUCGAUUUGAUUAUAGAGCACGAAGAAGAUGAGAAGUUUAAGGAUUGGGCGACACACAAAGCCCACCCAGUAAUCGCAGCAGGGCUUAAUAAGGCCUGCUCCUUGAUAGACCCGGAGUUCUAUGAUACCUUUCGGAAUUCGACAAAUGCAGUAGAACAGACCCACUGGAAGUCGUACUUCACAGGGAUUUAUACUUCAUUGUUAGGGGCUAUCCGGGGGGACCUUGACCAGCACGAUGUUGACCAAAUGUCAGCCCUAGAGACGUUUGGAACGAGUAUCUCGUGGCGAGAUUCCUCGCAAAUAGGCCGAUUUUUGAAUCAUCUCGCGCGAGACCACGCGAAUCGACAGAAACGACGUCGCGAAGCAUACGAGGAUACACUUCAGAGCGAGGAUUCUAUUGAUGAGGGUAUCCUCCAGGAAGCUGAUUCCUCAGGGCAUAUUAGGCCACGCUCACGAAGCCGUGGUAGAGGACAAAGCCGCUCGCAAUCAAGAUCAGUGACACCAAGACGCUCACAGAGUCGCGCAAGAGCUAGUUCGACACCCGAUAGUGGUGGUCUUCGACGUACAGCGGCUGCAAAUAGCUAUGCGGAAAGCCAACGAGAGGAAAUUAGCGUCUCUGCCCGAGAGCAGCGAUUCCAAGCCGAAACAGCGAAGAUAGAGGCGGAUAAUCGGGAGAGACAAUUACGUCUGGAACGGGAGGAGAUACAACUACAACUAGAGCGUGCAGAGAUGCAAAUCCGGCUUAGGCAGCUACAAGAACAAAACUAG